AACGCAAGUUUUCAUCCUUCAUGUCAUCACUUGGAAGUAAAGGUUAGGGUUUGCUGAAUUUUAACUUUGGGAAAAAGCAAUCGCGACCGAACAGCUCUAAUCUAUGCAUAGAUUUUGUGGAUGAUGGAUUUCAGCAUCAUUAAAAAAUCAAAUUUCAGGACCCCAAUGGUGAAGAAAUCUCCUGGGAUGGGUCCAAAAUCCAGAGGGGAAAGGCAGAUUGAACCUUGCGCUGAAACCCCAGUUACCAAAACCCCACAGAAACUUCUAGAAACUUCUUCCUCUGGUACCCAAGAGACUUCUAUUGCUGACAAUGGUGUUGGUCUUGCAACGAGCAAUGAGAUUAAUGCAAAGAAGAUAAAUAAUGUGAGAGAGCCCUUUGAUGAAGUUGAAAAGGGUGGAAGGUGUGAUACCUCAAGGGAUGAGCUUCAGGAGGAAUAUGAGCCUGAAACAGAAUAUGAUCCAGAGGAGGAAUUUGAACCUGAAGAUUGUGAUCCAGAGGAGGAAUUUGAACCUGAAGAAUAUGAACCAGAGGAGGAAUUCGAAACUGAAGAAUGUGAACCAGAAGAUGAUGUUGUGAACUAUGGUGAUGGAAACAAAUCUGUGCAGACAGUUAAUUUGGAACUGGAACCUGAACCUGAGGAUGGCAGCGCAGGUGAAGAAGAGGAGAUUGUUAAUUUGAGUGAGGGAGAUGAUGUGGUUGUGGUUGAGGAAGUGGAGUAUUUUUCUGAUGAACUUGAGAGCGAAGAAGGUGACACUGUUCCAGACAAUGAGGAAGGUGGAGAAGUUCUGGCAGAGGAUAGUUUAUGCUGUGGUGACAAGGAAUUUAUGUAUACGGGUAACCAGAAAGUGGAAUCUGAUCUUGAAACCAACAAUUUUGUUGAAGAAAAGGAAACAGUUAUGGCCAAGGAAAUUCAUUGUUUUCGUAAGGAACUUGAAAACAAAGAGGAUGGCAUGCUUGGAAAUGAUAAAGCUCAAGUAGCAGCUAAUGCUGAUGGCAAAGACCACCAUGAAGUUGUAGACAAUAGACAUGGGAAUAAAAAUCUUGAACUAUUGAUUGAAGGAGGUGCUUACAAGCAACUUCAAAAGGGAGAUGUUGUCCUCGGUUGUGACAGGCCUGCAAAAGUUUCUCUUGCAUAUCAUCAUAUUGAUUCAAGAAAACAAGCCAAAGCAGAGGAUGGUACAGCACAUCAUGACAAUAACUCUGGUAUGCCCAAAUUACGCAGAGCUGCAACUUCGCCUCUGUUACAAAGGUCCUGCAACACGAAGUCAUCUGAUUCCUUUCACCACAAGAAACACAUGAAGCAUUAUAGUAGGCAAUACAACCUUCCUCCAAGGAAGAGACUUGCUUCUGACUACAUUCUUCCAAGAAAGAGACAUUGCCCAGACCACCUUCCUCCAAGAGAGAGACAUGCUCCAGAUCACCGUCCUCCAAGGAGACAUGCUCCUGACUACCUUCCUCCAAGGAGGAGACAUGCUCCUGAGCAUGAUUACCAGGUUAGAAAGGCCCAUAAAGAGUAUACUUUUCGAGGACCUGGAAACUCAGCCCAUCUGUUCACAUAUCAUACUCAAAGGAAUGAAUAUAUGGAGGAAACCUAUAGGCCUAGAUUCUUAUCGUCUAGUUCAACUCAUCGCCAGGCACAUUUUUAUGCUCAUGACUCGAACUUUGGUUCCAAGUAUCAAUGUACUACAUUGGAAAAUAUUCCUCCAAGUUGUUCUGAUACUCCAGUUCAUCGACCAAGGGCUUAUUUAGACAGUCAUCAGUAUUAUACAAGUUAUCAAUAUAGAGAUGUUUAUCGCAAUAGGUUUCAAGUGAUGAAUGACAAAAGCAGCAGCCGACAUCAUCCUAGCAGGGAAUCACAUCACUAUGGCUUCUUUGGUCAGGACACAGUUUGUGCUGAACGUUCAUCUGAAGAUAUUCUUGGCAGAACUUGCCUACCCCAUUAUAAUGAUGAAUAUAUUUAUACUGUACGGGACAGCUUAUACCCUUUUCAUCAUUGCAGUCGUGGUUCUGGCAGCAGGGGCAUGGAACGUAGUGGGCUAUCACAUUAUUGAAGUUUGUUUUUAGGCUAAGCGUUGGAAGACGAUUUUGAAUGAACAAUCGUAGUGAGGAAGGUGCUAGUUUUAUGUAAAUACCCCAAGAAAUGGUAGUACUAGUG